UGACGCUGCGGAGGCAAUCCAGGUACCAUCCGCGCGCCAUCGAAGGUGAGCAAAAUGGAGAUGGUUGGCGGCUGCUGUGUCUGUUUAGACGAGCGUGGUUGGGACGAGAAUCCUCUAGUUUACUGCGAUGGCAGUGGUUGUAAUGUGGCUGUUCAUCAAGCCUGUUAUGGAAUUGUCAAAGUACCAAGUGGCCCUUGGUUCUGCUGUAAAUGUCAGUCAACAGAAAGAGUUGCAAGAGUGAAAUGUGAGCUGUGUCCAUUUAAGGAAGGGGCACUCAAACGAACAGACAAUGGGGGUUGGGCACACGUUGUCUGUGCACUAUACAUACCAGAAGUUAGAUUUGGAAAUGUGACAACCAUGGAGCCAAUAAAAAUGUCCUCUGUUCCACAUGAAAGAUUUCUUAAGACAUGCUACAUUUGUGAAGAAGCUGGACGAGACAGCAAAACAUCUAAUGGUGCUUGUAUGUCCUGUAACAAGCCUGGCUGCAAACUGAACUUUCAUGUGACAUGCGCCCAAGCAAAACGAAUGUUGUGUGAAGAAGCAGGGCAUUAUGGCAAUGUUCAAUAUGUUGGCUACUGUUCCCAGCAUUGGGCCAAAAAGUUUGGAUCAAGAAAUCAAUCUGAACCUGAGAGAAAAUCUAAGGAGAAGAAGCGCUCAAGACUGGACAGCGUAUCAAGCAAUGACGGUAAUGGGCCUAAACAGAAAAAGAAGGAGAAGAGUAUGAAUUCUGUGCCGUCAAAGACAGCAGACCUUGUAACAUCGAGCGAUAAUGGAGGGAAGAAACAUCCGGAUAUGGAAUUCACAAUAUCUAGUCUAGCGAGAGCUGGUAGUGCUGAAAAGUCUGCUGCGGAGUCGCUUAACAUGCUGCAACAAAUGGCAGGCGCAAAGGAUUACUUUGCUAAUAGUAACGGCCCCAAGACCCCGUUGAAUUCUUUUAUAUCACCCGAAAUUGCUCAAAGUAAUUGUAACAGUAAGUUCAAUAUGGCCAAUAUUUUGAGCUCACAUAAGGGUAAAAGCAUCAAGAAGCAAGGGUAUGAUGAGUUUGUCGACGUAGAGACGUUUGGGUCUGUUGGCUCAGUUUCAGAAACUGGGAAGGACAAGGAUGCCCAGAAAUCUGAUGAUAAGCAUAAGAGUGCAUCUGUUUAUGGUGAUAAAUGUAGUACCCAGCAGGGGAAAAAGCAAGCCUCGUCAAGCAUUAAGACGGGUUUACAUCCUAAAAACGCUUUGUCUGACGCUAAAAAGCGUAAAGCAGCAACAUCAGACGUUGAAAAAGCGCUGAAAAGAAAAAAAGUGGACGAAAAACGAAAAGCCAAGAGGAAGUUGGACAAACAGAAAAGUUCGGUCCUGCCAAGGCCAUCCAAAAUGAACCUUUAUGAAGAUAAUCGGAUUCCAUCGCUUUUUCCACGAAACUUAGGGGAUAAAAAUCCAGAAUCGUUUCAAGAUCUUCUAGAAUUUCAGUGGAACCAAGGUGCGCAGUUUCUCAUACAAAAGGCUACCCACUAUGAUGUUGGGUCGCUAUUGUCAUGCUUGUACCAACUGCGAGCGGAAAAUGAUGACUUGGAAAAGCGUCUUGAACAGCUUUCAGCUAGAAGAGACCGCUUAAUUGCUGCAACAACCCGGCUCUCAACGCCGCUCUCGGAGUCCACUGACACGGAAAGACCUGUUCCUCUAUCGGCGAUGCUUGCAAAGCUUAAAAGCGACCCAGGAGAUACCAAACCUUUUGCAAAAGAGCGGGCUGUACCGAAAUCUAGAGAUAGUUCUCACGAGCUGUCGAACAGCUCGCCAAUACCCAGCAAAUCUUCCAGUUUAAAAAAGGGCAAGCCUGUGAAUGGUUCAGGCCAAGCAAAUGGAGGGAAAAAUGGGAACCAUUUUUCUGAUGCAAGUUUAGAAGACUUGGAUUGCAAAGAAGUAUUAUCUGAAGAUAAUUCAUUGAAUACUCCUCCAAAAGAUCUGAAAAGUAGCAAACCAACCAAAAAAGAACAGAAGCAACGAAGUGAAUUACUUGACGGAGAAAGGGUUCAGAAUGGCGGCCAGCCACAGCUGCAGAGCCCGCUUGUUCAGCCUUCAAUCUCAAAUCCAAUUGAUUCCCAUGUUGUUGGGUCGAUCACGACGGGUCAUUGCUCUCAGAGUCCGGCAGAUUUCAUCCACCAGUUGAUGAGGCAACAAAAAAACCAAAGUAACUAUGCAGCUCACCCAAAUCGACCCCCGUCUCAGCUGAUUGACUUCAUGAACGGACAAACAAACAUUAUUGGCAAUUUUAAGGUUGAUGUUCCCACCAGCCAAGCUCGAGACAAUAAAUCGACUAGUAAGCAUUCGUAGCCAAACAACGGAUCACCUGCGAAUAUUUGAACAUUUUAUACCUUAGUUACUUUUGUUAUGUUUAUUCAUUUCAUCCCUCACCUCCAUUUUAUCGUUCAUUUUAACCUGCUCAUCCCAGUUUAGGAAGAAAUGCUUGUGUAGUUCUUCAUUAUGCUAAAAGCAGUAUAGUAAAAUAUUGUAGAUACUUGAUAGUCUGUUUUUAUUUGCCCUGCAGUUUAUCACCUACAGAUACAUUUUCUCUCUAGGCAAUACAAUUAAACCUUAAGCAGAUACACCUUACCAUGAUCAGCCACCUUAACAGAGGUUUACAUGCGAAUGAAUUGUUACGCGUAGCCAAGUUGCUGUUGUUGCUAUUUGGCAUGUUAUAAUAUGCUCCGAUUCUAUAAGUUGGUUUUAUUGAUAUUUGGUUCAAAAGCAUA